AAAUAGUCCCUUCAUUCCUUUCUCUCGUUUCAUAUUCCCUACAAAUCCUCUCCUCCAUUCUCUCCCAAUUCCUUUCCAUCAUUUUCUCUUUUUCCUUCUCCUCUUCUCAUAUUUUUAACAUUCAAAAAAAAUAAAAAAAAUCUUCUUUUUCUUUUUUGGUGGAAAAAAGAACUAGAAUAGUAAAUACAACAACCAAAUAAAAAACCAUAAUCCACCAUAACUUUUUCUUUAAAAAAAAAAAAAAAGUUUCAUUUUAUCAAAAAAAAAAAAAAAAGAUGUCAUCUACUAUGAAUGAUGAUGAUUUUGAUUUUCAAAAAAGCAAAUUUUCUCCAUAUGAUCGUCUUAGUUGUGAAAAUUCACCUAUGAAUAUGUCACCAUGGAACCAAAGUUGUAAUUUAAAUGACAUAAAUUUCUGUCAAAAUGGUGAUAAUGAUGGAAACCAAACUAAUCACAAAAUUUGUUUAAUUGGUUCACUUGUACGUGAAGAAGGACAUAUUUAUUCUUUAGCUACGAAAAAUGAUCUUCUUUAUACAGGUUCUGAUAGCAAAAAUAUACGUGUAUGGAAAGAUAUGAAGGAAUUUUCAGCAUUUAAAUCAAAUAGUGGUCUUGUUAAAGCCAUUAUUAUUUCUGGUGACAAGAUUUUCACAGGACAUCAAGAUGGAAAAGUUCGUGUUUGGAAGGUACAGCAUAACAAUCCUAGUAGUUUCAAGCCUGCUGGAACUCUACCAACAUUCUUUGACAUUUUCAAGGUUUCACUAAGGCCAAGCAACUAUUUCAUGUCAGCAAAAAACAACAAAGCUUCCAUUUGGAUCAAACAUUGGGAUGCAAUUUCUUGUUUAAGUAUGGACCAUAAUCAUGGCCUAUUAUACUCCGCGUCAUGGGACAGAACGUUCAAAGUUUGGAGAGCUGACAGUUCAAAAUGUCUUGAAUCUGUUAAAGCUCAUGACGAUGCUGUCAAUUCGGUAGUAGUUAGUGCUGAUGGUAUCGUUUACACGGGGUCAGCUGAUGGUACAAUCAAGAUUUGGCAAAGGGAAUUUACAUCAAAAACAAUAAAACAUGUUUUGAUGCAACCCCUUUUGGAUCAAGAAUGUGCUGUUACUGCAUUAGCUGUUAACAAGUCUGGUUCUGUUGUAUAUUGUGGAUCAUCAGAUGGGGUUGUGAAUUUUUGGGAAAAAGAGAAGAAAAAUUGGACACAUGGGGGUGUACUAAAAGGUCAUAAACUGGCUGUAUUAUGUCUUGAGUCAGCAGGGAAUCUUGUUUUUAGUGGAUCAGCAGACAAAAACAUAUGUGUUUGGAGGAAAGAAGGUUGUGUUCACACAUGUUUGUCUGUGUUGACAGGACAUAAUGGACCAGUAAAAUGUUUGGCUGUUGAAGAGGAUAAAGAAUCAACAAGAAGUGACAAAAAAUGGGUGCUUUAUAGUGGAAGUCUUGAUAAAUCUGUCAAAGUUUGGAGUGUUUCAGAAAUGGCACCAAUUAUGCAAUGAAAUGUUUUGUUUGGUUGUUGGAGUCUUGAUAUUUGUUGUGUUUUUACACUCCUUUACAGAUCAUUUGGUGCUUCUUAUUGUAAUUGUAAGAUAUGUACAAUUAAAAUGGUGUGUAAAUUUGUUGGCCAUUGGUUUCUUAUAUAGCUUUUUUCUUUUUGGUACA